AUCGCGUGUUGGUGCCCCUGCUUGUCGUUCGUGCGCAUGUCAAUCGAUGGUGUUUUGUUGGUGUCUAAUCGAAAAUUCUUAAAACCCCUUCGGCUCUCUCAAAAUCCAAUUGUGGCGAAAAUUUGCGGCGCGAGUAAAUAGCGACGAUGGACAACAAGGCCCCAUCCCUCUGGGACGCCAAGUGCGAGGCUCCGAAAGGCUUGCGACCCCCGAACGCGCCGCCGAGUCGCCUCCUUGAAGACAAGAAAAGCCCUGAAAAACCGCAGGAAAAUACCAAACCGUUCAAGUCCAGUCUGUCGGCAGACGCGCCUGAAUUUGUCCCUUCGUACAUGAAAAGUGCGACACAGUCCAGUGGUGGUGUUCAAGACAGACUGAAAAAAUUCAAAGUGGUGGAGAAUUCGGGCCAGAAUGACAGUGAAUUCGUGGGGUCCCCCGAUGACAUCCGCUUGAAACACCUCAUUGACACUUUGACCAAAGACCCGGGACAGUUUAGUGACUUGUUGGACAUAUUUAUGGAUACUUUGUGUCCGUAUUUUGGCGAUAUUCUCGUCCUGGCGCGAGCUGCGCACCUUCUAGUCGAACAAGCGAUUGUGUAUCCCAGUUUUAGAUAUACAGCAGCAAGGUUGUGUUGUUUUAUUGAACAGUGUUGUCCCGAAUUUCGAGCAGAAUUGCAUUUAACUUGUCAGAAGGAAUUGAAAAAUCACACAAAUAAAUCUGGACUACUUUUAUUUGUUGCUGAAUUGUAUACUCAAUUACACCACGAAAACAUCUACGGGAGUUACUUAAUAGACGCUUAUAAACACCUGCUUGGAGUUGGGGGCAAUGAAAAUGUUAAAUCCAUUUGCCAAGCAUUAAAAUUGACGGGAUAUUCGUUAGAACUGUACGAUAAAAAAGCCCUGGACGAGGUUUUUGAAAAAUUAAAUGAAGUUAAACCCACUGUGACUGGAACGCCGUUGAGUUUAAUUAACUCAGUUAUAAAUUUGAGGAGUUCGCAAUGGGGGCACAACAGUCCGACAAAUUCUAGUUCCAACUCUGAAGUCAACUCGGAAAAUACCUACUGGAGUGAAGAAACUUCACACACUGUAUUUUACAAUACAGACGGUUCGAAAUUUACGUCAGAAGAAAAUGAUUUUCUAGCAGCAAACAUGAAUUCUACUGAGGAAUAUUUAACGGACUUGUCUGAUCCAGACGAGUUAUGUGAUCCGGAACCAGAAAUGGAUGAAGAAAUCCAAGCAGCAUUUAAAGAUUUCGUAAAAUUGAGUAAACGAUAGUUUAACCUUCCAUAAUAAACUAAUUGAAAAAUUAAGAACGUAAGUUGAAAAUUAGAUCCUGUAAAUAAAUAAAAAACAAACAAAAAAAUGUCUAUUGUAGUCUAAGAAGAAACCAAAAAGCCUUAAUUAUAAAAACGCUUAACAUUAUAUUAUUUUUAAAAUAAUUAAAAAAUAUUUAGAAUCCAACAACUUUACGUUUUUAUAAAUAAGGUUAUUUGCUAUUUUUGAAAACGUAUUGGACAUGUUAUGCUCGAAUAUUUAUACAUUUAUAAUCUAAAGUCUGUUUCAAAAUGCUGCUUAUGAGUAGGAGAAAAUCAGCGAAGUGACACUUCUAGCGGCCAUUCACCGAAAUAACGAAAACAACUGUCAAUUAAGUGUAAUAAAAUAAAAUUAAAUGUUGUCUCAGAGGCAAAGUUUUGUUUUUUCCCUAUUUCGUUCACAAUGCCACCCAUCGGUUCUGAUUUUCUCCUUUACUUCCAUAUUUAUAAAGGACGACAAUUUUGUAUCAAGUUACUGCAUUUUGAAACUGAUAAUACGGGAUAAAAGAUACAGAAUUCAUUCAUAGGUUGUAAAUAUUAUGUUAAAGAUGUUGCUUUAAUGUCGUAACUGGUUUUAUUUGAAUAAAAAAGAAAACAAAAUAGUGACUCCAUCUUAAAAAUCCUAUUUCAAUGCAAAGACCUCAGCCGCUACUUUUUGUGAAAUUGAUAUUAAAGUGUAUUUUGAUUUGAUAA